GUGGAAGUGGGCGUGUCCUGCAGAGAAAGAGGAGGCGGAGAACCACCGACAGAGAAAGGGAGAUUAAAGGUAGCUGAGGGGAACAACUGCCGAGGAAGAGGACUUUGGUCGAUGUACGGAUUUUACAGUUGGGGUACAGUAAGGACACGCCGUACAGUGAGAGGGCAAGUGGGAAAGAAGUGACGCAUUCGGGCCCCCUUGGAGAACAAAGCGAGGGGGAGGGGGGCAAAGUGGGCCGAGCCGUGCCGUACCAGUUCCGAGUCCAGGGGCCGUUGGAGAAGUGUUGUUAACAGAGAGACGUGAUCUGAAGGAUCGGCCUAGCAGUGAAGGAUUUGAAAAUGUUGUGAUUGGUACCACCCAGACAGUGAGAAGGAAGUCAGCGUAGCCGGGCAGGAGACCUUGUGGACAGGGAGGAGAAGUCAGUGUGAACCGGGCCCUGAGCGGAAAGGAAAGGCAGCGCGAAGCAGGCCUUAACUAGUGGAGGGCUCGGGCCAGGUCACGAGAAGGGCUGUGCUGAAGAUCUAAAACUGAGAGUCAGGCCGCUAAGAGGGCAGGGGAAGGCACAAGGAACUGGGCCCAAGCCUGCUGCCCCCAACCCCCAUAGGAAACCUCCAUCUUUGUUCGAGGGAGCAAGCCAGUAGCCCCGGGAGGCAAGUGCUUCUGUUCCAGCUCCUCCUACCCCUGCCCGUUAAAGAGACAGAGCUACCCGGAACCGGGCUGACAGCAGUGCCACAAGAAUGUUGAGCUGACCAGAAGGAGAAGGGAUCCCGAGCCUUGUCUGUGGAAGGGGAUACAAGGGAGAUCUAGACUGUCAGGUUUCAUGUUGUGCUGAAUACUUUGAAACGGAAUUUUGUUUUGCUGGAUUUGCCAUCUGUUUGUGUUGCAAAGAGUGGCACACAUUCUGUCAAGUUUCGUGGUUUGACAUUCUUCAGCUUCUUUGAGGAUUUCUAUAAUCUUGAAUUUAAGACAGCUGUCAAAGGUCCGGCAUUAGAAGGCUGCAUUUCCGAGAGUGCAGCGAAACAAUGCAGCCGACAGGGUGAUUAUUUCUGCGUUUUUUUUCUAUUUCACUUGGUGCUGGACACCUACACUUAACCUGUUUGUAGACCUGCACCGGCCUGGCCUUGGGAGCAGAAGGCGGUGGAGCUGCCAUUGGUCAGGACCGGCUUGUUAGUAUGGAAACCCCCCAUGGGGGUGGUUACCGGCAGAGCCGGAGCCGGCGCUCCCGCUCCCAGCGGGACUUGGAGAGCGGGCGCCUACGUAGGGUUGGUCGUGGGCGAUCAGCAUCUGGACGGUCUUUCUCACCUACUUCCUCGGGAUCGGAUCGGGAGACUGCUCUACAGAGGGCGGCAGGCCCGCCACCCAGACCUCGACCACCACGCCGUCGCAAGAAAGAAUCUAGUUCAGGAGAGGAGGAUCUAAUUGAUGGUUUUGCCAUUGCUAGUUUUAUCAGCUUAGAAGCACUUGAAAAGGAUAACGCUUUGAAGCCCCCUGAACGGUUAGAGCAGCGUUUGAAGCACACCGGAAAGAGGAAACGAAAAGAAGAGCCAGUUUCGGAACACGAUGAUCAUCGAGGUGAAAGCACAGACCGAGAUCACAGCAGGGCUAAUGGACAGAUAGAGACAAGGAAGCGGAUGAAGAAUAAGAAGAGUAAACGCGAGAGAAAGUCCAGUCGUGGCAGUGAGAGCGAUGUUUUGAAAGGUGAGAGUGGACGAGCGGGACACAGCAACUCCCAAGGAAUUGCCAGUGAUGCCUCUCCUCAGUCCUUGUUGGAAACGGGAUAUAUUUGCGACACAGAAAGUGACUCAGAAGAGAAGGCUUCUGAUGACGAUCUGGACCGAUCUUUUACUAUUUCUGCAAGCAAAGCCGUAGAACCAAAUGGUGCUUUAAAUGGCAACUGUGAAACCAAACUCUCUGUCAUCCCCAAAGUAUCAGGACUGGAAAGAAGCCAGGAGAGAAAUGCGGAGCCUGAAAAGGAUCCCCUGCUAGUGCCUUUCCUGCCGAAGGAAUCUCCGGCUCAGGCCACUUCAUCCAGCCAGACACCAGUUGCAGGCCCAAUGCAGGUGGAACUUAGUAGCUCCACUAGCACUCAGGUCCGGCCGCCAACACUGGUGCCAAGCCGGGCACAAACACCUGUUCAGACUGCAGCUCGGACCACCCCUCAACCUAAACCACAGACUCCUCAAAAUCUGCCUCAACCACAAUCUCAAACAAAAGUGCACCCCUUCAACCCUCAGGCUUCAAUGCAACAAACAGUGUCUGUAUAUGCAGCUGGGAUUACUGUCAACAGCGGCAGUCGGAGCAACACUCCUGCAAAGCCAGUGGUCCCUACAUCGCAGGCUCCUCAACGGCCCCCCACCCCUUCUGUUUGUCUCACCCUCAACAGCCAUACAACAACACACAGCUUCCCAAGUAUUCGGGCGCAACCUCACCCUCAGCCUAAUGUGUUCCCCCCAUCCGGGGGUGGUCUUCCCCCUCCUCCUCCUCUGCUUCAGGUUGCAGGACAUCCUGCCGCUGCUGCUGUUGCAGCUGCUGCCUUAUCUGAUCCAGACUUGUUGAGGCAUGAGUUGAGUUCUCGUUUUUUGACCUCACAAGAGAGAGGUGGCACCAUUGGACCUCUGGCAUUCCAGUUCCAUCAGCACAAUCACCAACACCAGCACACCCACCAACAUACGCACCAGCACUUCACUCCAUACGCUUCCAUCGUCCCUCCACCGGCACCACCCAUGGUGCGUACCCCACGCCAAAAUUUUGAAAAAUGUCUUGGAGGAAAGAUUGACAGCCUAUACCGACAUAACUUUUACCCUACAUUUCCUCCCACCGUGUCUGGGAUCCAGCCAGUUCUACCCACUGCUGUUCCAUUUGGUUCCUUGCAAGGAGGAGCCUUCCAGCCUAAGACACCAAAUCCAGAGCUGCCUACAAGGUUAGGAGCGGUUCCUCCCACCAUGCCACAGAAGGACCCCCGGAUUACAGAUCCAUACAGAUCAGCCGUGAGACUAAGCCAUAAACCCGGGAAGUGGUGUGCAAUGCAUGUCAGAGUGGCAUACAUGAUCCUACAACACCAGAAGAAAAUGAAGGGUGAAUCGCACAAAUUGGAUUUACGGAAUGACCUUGUUUUACAGCAGCCGAGUCUGAGCACUGCACAUGACCUGUCUCGGCCUGCUACAAUCUUCACUGCAGCUGGCACUGGACACCCGAGUGGAAACCCGUUUGGACAACCAUCUGCUUCCCACACUGGUUUCUUAAAUCCAUCUUCUCAUUUUGAUACAUUGGGAAGAUCAUCUGGUUUCUCCCCAUUGUGUCUCCCUAAUGGAGCAUUUGGGGGGCUAGCAAACCAAGCCAUUGGAUCUAGCACAGUUUUUGGCCACAAGGAAAGUCCAAAUGCACAGGGGUAUGGCAGCAUUCAUGAUUCCUGGAAUCGCCUUCAUCGGACGCCACCAUCUUUCCCCACACCACCAGCCUCAGCUGCACCCUGGGUUAAACCUGGGGAUGCAGAGCGAAACUGUCAUGAGAGGGAGCGUGAGGUAGAUAAAAGAGAAGUAGUGGCUGUAAAAGAUGAGAAGGACAGAGAUGCACUGUACGCCAGACAGCUGCUAAGAGUGUCACCUGUAAUCCCCAGUCACAAGUCUGCAGCUGUGCACACCAAUGGACGUUCAUCAGUGGAUGAUGAAAGAAGUCAUGGCUGCAGUGAUGGUCGAGAUAGAGAGCGAAUGAGAGAACGUGAGAGAGAGCACUUGGAUGCAUCAAAGGACCCUUUCCAACAUGAGCACAAGGUCAAAGAAACACACUUGUUGGUUGAAGAGAACCUAGGCCUAGUUAAAAGGCUUGUGGAGGACUCCAGCAAAAUGGUUGCUAGGGACCAUUCCCCCUAUAUCAGGACUCCUGCUGGGGAGAGCUCGAGGCCUUGCAGUAGUACGGGCCGUGAAACAGAGAGAAAACCAGAACUGCCUCUAGAGCAAACAUUGAGAAAAGUGGAUGUAAAGGUGAAGGAGGAGCGAAAAGAUGAACAGGAAUUGGCAGCAAGUGGCUUUGAGGUGGCUCCAUCACAGAGGGCAAACAACUCCAUGCAUCCAGUCCCUUUACAUGCCAUUGCUGCUGGACAUUCCGGUGUACCACUGGCCAUGCAUGUUGCACCACCUGCUGUCCAUCAUUUGAGUGUGUUUGAGCGACCACGAGUACUGUCACCAUAUUUGACUGUUGGACCUCCUGUAGCAGCAGGGGAACGAUUUGCACCACAGGCUUACAGUUAUGAACCUGCAUGGCGAGAACCCUACAGGAAUGUUGAAAUGCACCGUAUUGGGCGGGAACUUUUGAGAGGAGCAGACCCUUUGCAGCGUUUAACUAAUCCUCGAUUUUUCGACCAUGAGCGGGCAUACAGAGAGAGGGAUAUAAAUGAAUUUGCCCGUGAAAACCUCUUGGACCCAAGAAGGGAGGCAGAGAGGUCAGGGUUAAUUGAAGACCGUGCCAGUAUUUUGCGGGAGGAUUAUGAGCGGGCCCGGUUGUUCAGCCUUCACCCUUCUGCCUUAGAAGCUCAUAUUGCUCACCCAACCUUGUUGCAGCAAGGACUUGGUGGGCUUGCCUAUCCACGGUUCAGCCAUCCUAUGGCCCAUCAGAACGGUAUCCUAAGUAAAACUCCACCCAUCAACUUGCUGAGCACACCACCACCCCUUAUCCCUUCCACUAGCACAAGACCACCUUCACCACGCCGUACCACACCAUUAACAGCAGAGUUGAGGGAUCUGUCAGCAGCAUACAAAGACAGAGAUUCCAGAUAAUCACAGCCCCACCCGCUAAAGAAAGAACUCUCUAACUAAAUUUAUUAUUGACUUUCUUUUUCAGAGACUUUUUUUUUGCGGGAUGAGGGGACUUUCAUGCAACUUAUGUAACACAAGAGAAGGGUCUCACUUUCCUCUGUAAAUAUUUAUAUAUUAUAAUCUGUGCAAAAAAAGUCGCUUAAAAUAAUAUUUUGUACAUUUUUAAGGUUUGGGAUGUGAUUUUAAGCAAUGCAGUUUUUCCUCCUCUGUUUUUAUUGUACUACUUUUUUAUUGCUGUACCUCCAUUGUGAAAAUGCAAAGUUCUUAAUUGUACUUGUGCUGGAAAAAAAGUCCCAAUGUAUCUAAACAGAGGUUUCAGUUAGAGGCCCAGGACCCCACAAAUAAAGCCUGCUUUCCCAUUUGUA